UUUAAAAAAGUGAAAGUAACAAUCAUUCCUCUUAAAUUUUAUGAUUUAGCAUAUAAUAAUUAUCAGUGCAUAAUACCGUAUGAACUUUUAAUUAAAUAUGUAAAUAUUUAAUUAUUAGUCUCCAAAAUAAAUACUGAAACAUAUGUUUUAUUAUUGUACAGUUUUAAAAGGAUAAUGCAUAUGUAUAUAAAAGUUAAUUAGUGAAAUAUUUUUUUAAGAAAUUAUUAUUUUUAUUGUUUAUAUUUAUAAAAAGAAAACAUGUUUUUUAUAACUUUCGACAUACAACAAACAAUACAAGAUAUUAUGGUUAAAUACAUUGAUGUGGAUUUUACACUAUGGCUGUCCUGGCUUUUAAUGCCAUUACUUAUAACAUUUUUACUUCCACUUAUAAUUGUUUUUCUAUUAUAUUUAACUGCUUUAAUAUUAUACAUAUACCGAUUACACAGAUUAACUAUUCAUUUUACAGAGGAAGAAUUCAAGCUGCUUAUGGAACUGAUUGGAAAAUUGCAGCUCAAUCUGUAGCUGCUGCUGUUUGGGAUGCACACGGAUGGAUUUGGCAUGGAUAUGAAGUUGUAGGUCUUGAAAAUAUACCAAAAUCUGAAGCAGCAUUAUUAAUAUUUUAUCAUGGAACAAUACCCGUUGAUGUCUACUAUUUUAUCGCAAAAGUAUUAAUAUAUAAUUCAAAACUAAUCUACACAGUAGCAGAUCGUUUCCUUUUUAAAAUUCCGGGUUGGUCUAUUAUUUCCGAUGUCUUGCGUGUAUUACCUGGUACAAUUCAGACAUGCUCAUCCAUUUUGAAAGAAGAAAAUUUACUUGCUAUUUUACCAGGAGGUGUUUAUGAAGCACAAUUUGGAGAUUCUUAUUAUAAACUUUUAUGGAAAAAAAGAAUAGGUUUUGCAAAAGUUGCAUUAGAUGCUAAAGUGAAUAUAAUCCCAAUAUUCACAAGGAAUAUUAGAGAGGCAUUUAGAACAGUAACUUGGAGUCGUAGAAUAUUAUUACGUAUAUAUGCAGCAACAAGAUUUCCUGUUGUUCCAAUUUAUGGUGGUUUUCCUGUAAAAAUGAUAACAUAUGUAGGUAAACCAAUUCCUUAUGAUGAGAAUCUUACACCUGAACAAUUACAAAAAAAGGUCGCUACAGCUGUAGAAAGUUUAAUAAAGGAACAUCAACCGAUACCAGGAAGUAUCACACGGGCCUUGUUAGAAAGAAUUUUUUCUCCAAAGAAGACACACAAAUCAUAGGUUUUAGAAAAGUAUUCAAUUGAAUCUUUUUGAAAAUCAUCCAUACAUGUUACUAUAAGAUACAAUGUGUACUUCUUAUAAUUUAAUAUAAUUACUAGUCUCUUACUAGAAUAGAAACAAAUUUUCCUUGUUUUGAAGAUGAAAAUCUUUCAAGAAGUCAUAUCUAUGUAAAAACAAAAAUAUCAGUGUUGGAAUAAUUGAAUGUGAAAUUCAUGUUUAAAUUGGAGGCCUUAAAGAGAGUCCAUCAAAAUAAUAUAUAAUUUUAUAUGUGUUCCAUUUUCCAAUAUACUUUUAUAGUAUACUAUAAUACUUCUUAGAAGUCACAGGUUUAUAGGUGUUUUUAUCAUUCUUUCAAUAUACGGGUAUAAAAAGGUGUUAUCAUUAUAAGUUAUGUUUAAGAAUAUAUUUGAUAUUAUUUUUUUUAUUGAAAUUAAAUCAGAAAUGAUAAGCUAUAUUUAAUUUGUAUAUUUUUCGUAAUAUAUUUAUAUUUGAUACAAAUGUAUAAGUACAUUUAUACACAUGUACUUGUAUCAUUAUCGUAAAAGCUUUCUUCCAUGGUGCAUAGUAUUUAUAAAUAUUUUGUUAUCAUUAAUGGGUACUUAAAAUAUUAAAAUAAUUUAAAAGA